AUGAGGUCCCUGUUGAAACUGGUUGUGAUUCUGUUUUGCGUCCAGAGGGGAGAGAGCCGCUGGCUGACAUCAUUGAUUGAUCAGAAUCAAAAAACAGCAUCUACACACACGUCACCAAAUGAUGACAAGAGAAACGGAGAUCCAGCUGCGGAAGAUGGCCAAACAGAAGCUUCUGGAGUCGUGCCAUCACCCGAUCCCUUCGUCCUGAUCCCAGUCCGGUCACGUCGCUCUACUCUGGACUCCCAGUGUGGCCUGCGCUCCAUCCUGUUGCAGGUUCGAGACCUCGGGCUGGGAUACGACUCAGACGAGACCGUCCUCUUCAAGUACUGCAGUGGGACGUGUCCUCACGUUCGCUCCAACCAUGACCUCACCCUUUCCAGCCUGCUGUUGAGUGGGGUGCUCCCUCAGCCAGCACCUGGGGAGCUGUGGCACAACGCGCCCUGCUGCAGGCCCACCCACCACGAGGACAUGGCCUUCCUCGAUAACUCGCACCGCUGGCACAAGGUGGAGAAGCUGUCAGCCGCUGGCUGCAGUUGUGUGGGUUAGACAGCUGAGCGUAGACGGUUGAAUGGGGGAAUGUGAAGGGGUUGGGGUGUAUGAUGGUUUGUGAGGACACAUUUGCUGGCAGGUUUUCUUGUAAUGUCUGUUAAUGAUUUCAUUCGAAAAUGUCUUACCAUUGAGGAAGCUGAAACCUAUUCUUACAAAGGUUAUUUAUGUCAACGUCAAUGAGCACUUUUGGGUGAACACCUCAUGAAUCCGGUGACGAUAAUUUAAAUGUUUUGACUUCAACUGGUGCUCUCAUGGGCCUCAGUUGAUUAGAUUUGUAUUACUGUUGGCAUUUGCCAACUUAAAAAAACUAUAGUGAUGGCAGUCAAGGAAAAACUGCUCAACUGAUCCCUCCCUAUUCUAAAUCUGACAAAGCAGUGCAAAAUGGUAAAAACUGAGCGGAGACACAUUUCUACUACAAACUACUUGACUAUUUUUGUAAAUAAGCUGACAUGUAUUUAUUUAAAAUCUUCAGUGCAAUUAAUAAUACGAUGGAUCAUACAUACGAAGCUGCGCAGAUCCACCUUGUGGUUUGACGAACGCAGCUGAGUGAAGUUCUUCACAAUUCAGACUUAUUCAUCAACAGUCCAGCUACAGUUUUUAAAAAAUGUAUUUAUGUAAGAUAAGUUAUUUAUUUAUUUGCUGCCAUUCUUUUGUCAUGCUGAUUAACUUAUUUUGUAAUGCGCCUAUCUAUAUGUUCAUUGUGCGUAAAGUUCCUAAUAAACGUGUACAGAACUCAA